GAUAAAAUCUUUUAUGAUCACGUUGUACAACCUGUCUUAAGGGAAGACAAUGAAAUAGGAGUUCGUUCCCUGUCAGAGAGUGAAGACAAGAUCAAAGGAUCAUUAAUGUCUCUGUUUGACAGCAUCACAUACAGCAAGGGGGCUUCUAUUACGUGGAUGCUUUCUGGUUUCCUGACCGAGAAGUUGUUUAUCAGAGCACUUACUUCGUAUCUGAAAGAAUUUUCCUUCUCAAAUGCUAACCAAGAUGAUCUCUGGACCCACGUGCAGAUGGCCGUAGACGCACAGGAUGAAGUUCAGUUGCCAGCAUCUGUAAAACAAAUAAUGGAUUCCUGGACACACCAAAAGGGGUUUCCAGUUUUAACAUUAAAUCUAACCACUGGCACAAUUAGUCAGGAACAGUUUCUUAAUAGAAAGAAUGAAAACAGAACUAAUUCUUACAAUAAUACAUGGAUUGUUCCUAUUUCUUGGAUGAGAAAUGGAUCAUCACAACCCUUAGUGUGGCUAGAUACGAGCAGCAAAGUGUUCCCUGAAAUGCGAGUAUCAGAGUCAGAAUAUGACUGGAUCCUGUUAAAUGUAAAUUUAAGUGGAUACUACAGAGUGAACUAUGAUCAAUUAAACUUAAAAAGACUAUCACGAUUGCUUGAAAUUAAUCCUAAGGCUAUACCCCCUGUCAGCAGGUUCCAGCUGAUUGAUGAUGUUUUUGCAUUGACACAGUUUGGAUACAUUCAGAUUGAAACAGCGCUUGAACUAACAAAGUACCUUGCCAGAGAAGAUGAACUCUUCAUAUGGAAUGUGGUAUUGUUAAACAUAGUACCUGAGAAUUUGGAAAGUACUCUGAAGAGCUAUGAAGUAUAUCCACUUCUAAAGAAAUACCUUUUAAAGAGAAUGUUGCCAAUAUACCAUUAUUAUGCAGGUUUUAUUCGUCAAAAUGUUGAUGCUUUGGAAGAUGACUAUUUUGCUCAAGUGUAUUUGGAAAAACUUUUUGCAACAGCAUGCUGGCUGGGCUUCCAAGACUGUUUGAACCUGUCAUCUGAACUGUAUGCUAAGUGGAUGGACAAUCCAGAGUACAA